AUGGAUACUUUCCAAGGCAACAUGAACACCAUAUUGGAGUACCUUCAAGCUCAGAAGGCUACUACCUCCAUGUCUGCUGCCAAUCCUGCUUCUGCUGUAGUAACCGAUGCUAUUGCCGCCACCACUUCUAUCGAUGCUGUUGUGGAUACUGUGAUUCAACCGGUGGUGAGCCAACCUAUCCGUCAGGCAGGUCCUAGUAGAGGUCCUACUCUUCACUUCCGUCUUCCUCCUCGAGCUACUCAACCUACUGUUCAGAAUUUGAAUCAAGGUGUUCAGAUACCUCCUCCUCAUCCUGGGGCAUCUUCUGUUGUUGCACCUCCAUUUGUGUAUCCUGGGGAACCCUAUGCUCCACAUCAGAAUCAAUAUGGUCAGAUUGUUGGUCAGAUGAUAAAUCCGGAUCAGAACAGACAAGAAAACUACCGAUUGUUGGAUGAAAGGAUCAUAGCCAUUGACGAUUUCUCUGCUUAUGGUAUGGAUGCUAAGGACUUGUGUCUAGUUCCUAAUGUGGUGCUUCCUCCUAAGUUCAAAGCACCAGACCUACCAAAAUAUAAGGGUUUAAGUUGUCCAAGAAGUCAUGUCAUCAUGUAUUGUAGGAAGAUGGCAUCCUACAUUGACAAUGAUGAUCUUCUUAUCCAUUGCUUCCAAGACAACUUAUUUGGGGCAUCCUUAGACUGGUACAUAGGCCUGGAAUGUUAUAAAAUCAGAUCUUGGAAAGACUUGUCUGAAGCCUUUCUCAAGCAAUACAAAUACAACCUGGACAUGGCUCCCACCAGGUUACAGCUGCAAAAUCAAGCCUGCAAGAGUAGCAAAACAUUCAAAGAAUACGUUCAGAGAUGGCAUGGGAUGGCUUCUAGAGUUAAACCUGCACUAACAGAUGUCGAAUUGGUUGAUAUCUUUAUGGGCACCCUGCAGGGUUUGUACUAUGAGAAUAUGGUUGGUAGCUCAUCAUCUAACUUUGCUGACAUGGUAACCAUUGGAGAACAUAUCAAAAAUGGGCUAAAGAUAGGAAAGAUUGCUAGUAUUGACAGUCAGUCAGUGGCCAAGAAAUCUCAGGGGUUUGCUAAGAAGAAACAGGUCGAGGAAAACGCGGUAAAACCAAAUGCAUAUCCUCCAAUUCAAGCACCUAUGGAUCAUAUGCCAUACUACCCUUAUCCAUACAUUGCCGCUGCUCAACAUCAGAAACCUGCAUACCAACCGCAGUAUCAGCCGCAUCCACGAGCUCUAGUUUCCCAGAAUCAGCAAGAUAACAUAAACUAG